CACAAAAACAAAUUAAUCUCCUUCUCAUUUCAAAAUGCCUAAACUUAUCUUUAGGGAAUAUUCAACUGAUUUUCCAAUUGAGAUUAUCCGUCCCGGAAUAGAAUUCCACUUAAUUUUGGGCUUUGCAAGUGAGGAGUAUAACGAAGAUGGGAAAGGCAACGGAAAUUUUAUAGAAACUUGGGAUUUGGAAUACUUAGGCCCAGAUAAAGUGAAAGAUUUCAAGAAAAAUAAUCCAAAUGUAAAGGUGGUAAUAAGCUUGGGAGGUCGUGAUGUAGAAACUCCAUUCUAUCCUGCUGAGGAAACUGUAUGGACUAGGCAGGCUGUAAAAUCACUCAAAGUGCUCAUCGGAAAAUACAACAAUGAAAGCGGCAGUAUAAUUGAUGGCAUUGACAUUAAUUAUGAUACUAUCAAAACUAGUAAUGAGCUAUUUGUUAACUGCAUAGGCCAAGUUAUAACAAUACUCAAGAAUGACGCUAACCUAAAUAUUAAUGUGGUGUCCAUUGCUCCAUCCGAGAAAAACGAAUUCCUCUACCGCGAUUUGUAUCAGGCAAACAAAGCCAAUAUCAACUGGGUUGACUACCAAUUCAACAAACAAGAAAAAACUGUAUCCACAGUUAAGGACUUUGCAGUGAUCUAUAACAAUCUAAUAAAAGACUAUCCUCCUAACAAAGUUCUUCCGGGAACAAGCACGGACCCUAACAAUAAUAAGAUACCGUGGGAGAUUUUUAUUGCUGGCUGCAUACAACUCAGAAAUCAUUCAAAACUCCUUGGUAUUUUUAUUUGGAAGGCUAAAGGAUUUCCAAUCCCCCCAAUCCCCCCUUAUCAUGAUUCCUUGGAGAAUAGCUUGAUAAAAAUCCUCACUGAAUAAGCUGAUGAAUUACUAGCUAUAUCUAUCUAGUAAAAACUCUUUCAUAAUUAGGGUCAAGUUAUAACUAUCACAGUAUAUUUUAAAUAAGACCCAAGUGUGCUACUUCACUUUGUAUUUUAUUUCAUGUGUGUUUCUUGUAUUAUCUUGUAAGUGUGGAGAAUAAUUUCUCUUGUAUAAUUAUGUGUGCCUGUCAUACGACUUAAU